AUGCCUCCCGACAAGAUCAGACCAUUCAACGAUCCACGAGUAAGCCUCAAGUCAGCUAUCCUAAACGGCUAUACAUAUGGCUAUCUACACAGCCUUCCACCUCAAGGAGCUCCAAAGCGAGGCACAAUCAUUCUAGUGCAUGGCUUCCCAGAUAUCUCAUUCGGAUGGCGAUAUCAAAUCCCACUCCUGACUAAGCUCGGCCUUGAAGUCAUAGCCCCAGACUGCCUGGGAUAUGGCCGCUCCGACAGCCCUCCAACAAGCAACAUAUCAGCAUACACAUACAAGCGCAUAGCAGACGACAUCGAGGAACUGUGCCGCCAGCUCGGCAUCAGCACAGUCAUGCUCGGUGGUCACGACUGGGGUGGUUCAAUCGUAUACCGCGUCGCACAAUUCAAGCGCCAUCUAGUCAAAGCAUUCUUCAGCAUCUGCACUCCAUAUGAGAUGCCCAGACCUUUCUACACACCACUGAAACAGCUGGUCGCAAAGCAACUCCCAAACUUCACUUAUCAGCUACACUUCGUCUCUGGCGAACUCGAACAAGUCAUACGCUCACCAGCUGAGAUUCGCGCUUUCCUGAACUGCCUGUAUGGCGCACGCACCAUCACCACAGACGGGACUCGUGGCCAGACAGCCUGGGACGCCACAGGCCGCGUCGCACUUGACCUGCUUCCAAAGAUGGGUAAGACCAAGCUCCUUACGGACGAGGAGAUGGACUAUUACGUCAAUGAAUACAGCCGCCACGGCAUCAACGGACCAUUGAACUGGUAUCGAAGCCGUGAAGCAAUGUAUCUCGACGACCUGGAUUUUUUCUUCGACGGACCAAAGACAGACGCGGAGAAAUACAAGAAGAAAGUUAUCGGGGUUGAACAGCCUUGUUUGUUUGUCUCUGCGACAAGAGAUCAGGCGUUGCAGGAGUGGAUGAGUAAGUCUAUGGAGGAUCGGAUUCCGAAAUUGACCAGGAGGACGGUCGAGACUAGUCAUUGGGUAUUGUGGGAGAAGCCGGAGGAUGUGAAUAGGCAUAUUGGGGAGUGGAUGGAGAAGGUGCUGGGUGAGGAAGGGAAGAGUAAGUUGUAG